GCUGACUUCCUCGUAGUGUCAGUCCUGUGCUGGGAUCUGAGCUCUCCACACUCUCCGCAAUCUCCGCACUUCACUCAGGAUGGGGCAGAAUAUCUGUAAGCGGUACUGUGGGUGCUGCUGUGGGUGCUGCCGCCAGUCUGUGGAUAUCCCACGCAUCGGAAGCGGCAGUACCAUGAUGAGCAGCCCCAAGGCGCUAGACAAGCCGGAUUCAGUGGUGGAUGCCCAUAAGAUGUACCGGAUCCACAACCUAAACCCACAGAUGUCCGUGAAGUUGGAAAGCUUUCUCAAAGGUGAGGACAACCCGGGCUUUGUCGGCGGCCCCAACGGAGAACAACCCAACCCCAACGGUCCCACGCUGGAACCUCCAAAAGUACAUUUCGAGCGCGAGCAAGUCCACACGCACGUUCCAGGGAAGGGGCAAGCCGAACGAUUGGUGCGUUUCUCUCGCAACACCAAGGUCUCCACCUAUAGCUACAAGCCGCGUUCUACCGAAGACCUGGAGGUCCGCAAGGGCGAGGCGCUGGAGGUCCUGGAAGAGCAGGGGACGUGGAUCCUGGCCAGGACGCUCAAAGACAAUGGGGAGGUCAAAACCGGAUACAUCCCGCGGACCUUCCUGGCUAACGCCGGGAGCCUCGAGGCCGAGGACUGGUAUUUUGAUCUGGGAACAAAGAUGGAUGCCAAACGCUAUCUUAUGCAGGAGCAGAACGGGACAGGAUCCUUCCUUGUAUGGAAGAAGAAAGACGAAGACUAUUAUUAUCUGUCCGUGCGGGAGGGCUCAGAGGUCCGGAACUACCGAAUCCAGGAGUUCAAUGACUCCUACUACUUGGGACAGCGAGUCUCAUUCCCCACCAUUAAGGAUUUGGUCCAAUAUUACCACGAGAAACAAGAUGGCCUUUGUACAAAGCUGGACAAGCCCUGUGUCAAGCUGGACCUCCCACCAGUGGACAGCAUCUCUUACACCAUGGUCGACCAGCUGGAGAUUGACCCCACUUCCAUCGAGAAGGUCCAGAAACUGGGCAGGGGGCAGUUCGGUAUGGUGUGGCUGGGACUCUGGAACGGAACCACGGAAGUCGCCAUCAAGGAGCUUCAAGUGACGGCGGAGUCGCUGCAGAAGUCGCUCCAGGAGGAGGCAAAGACCAUGUGGAGGCUCAACCAUGAGAGGUUGUUGAAGUUGUACGCGGUCUGUCUGAAGUCACAACCGGUCUUCAUUGUCACUGAAUACAUGAAAAAUGGAACGUUGAAGAGAUACCUGAGAGAUCACCAGAAGCUCAGGGAUUUGGAGUUUCAUCAGCUGGUGGAUUUUGCAGUGCAGAUCUCACAGGGAAUGGACUACAUGGAGCAAAUAGGAUGCGUGCACCGAGAUCUGCGCUCCGAGAACAUCCUCCUGUCUGCCAUGAUGUCCUGUAAGAUUGGAGACUUUGGAUUGGCCCGUUUUAUGGAGAGCUCUUCCAUCGCUGUCUCUGCAGGUGCUCAGAUUCCCAUCAAGUGGACAGCCCCAGAGGUCUUCCAGCACCAGAAAUACAGUAACAAGUCUGACGUCUGGUCCUUUGGGGUUCUGCUGGGAGAAAUCAUGACCUACGGCAAAUUACCCUUUCCAGAUAAAUCAAACGGAGACUACCGUAAAGAUAUCCUGGAUGGUAAACAUCUGGAACCUCCAAGUGAGAGCCACCCAGAGGUAUCGCAUAUCAUGGAGAUGUGUUGGCGGUACCAAUCCAGCAGCAGACCUUCAUUCGCCGAGGUUGAGGGAUUUUUAAUGGACCUGCUGAACCCCAUUCUGGUUGAUGACAUAGUGGAGUGACCAGUCCCGAAGAUCCUGAGAUGAGGAUAAUAAACCUAAGGGGAUGAUAGUGUGACUCUGAUCUAAUCCCGCAUCAAGAGAUUAUCUUCGGAAGGGAAUAAAACCAUAAAAAGGCCAAAGGCCAUUAUGACUUAUUCAGCUUUCUCCUAUCACUGCUCCUUCCUUUUUCGGCAGAUCUGUCUGACGUCUUAGCCGCAUCUGUUGGUGGUGGCCUUAUAAUGAGCGGCGGACAUGUGGAAGCCAACGUCUCACUUUGAUGGAGCUUGAACAAAGCUCAGACAUUCCAAUAUGUUACAUUGUUACAUGAACAUAUAUAUUACACUGUUGGCUUAGGAUGAUGGUCUUCCUUUGUAUUGGAUGAAGGAUAAGGGUCUUCAGGAUUAUGCUGGUAUGAUGAGAAUGAGAGAAGGUCCUCCCCAUACGUCAGUCUUGGCAGAAUUCCUUUAUGAAUGAACAGGUCACAGCUCAGGGGUAAAAGACAUUCAUUGGGGGUGGGUGGGAAAUGUGGCUUACCAAGAUUGUACGUUCUGGCAAUGCCCCAACCUCUAGAUCAACCCCGAAUUGUGUUCUUACUGAAUGGUUGACUAUGAAAUUGCUGCAUAAUAGAUAUGCAGUGGAACCUCGGAUUACGAGCAUAAUCUGUUUCAGAAGAAUGCUCGUAAUCCAAAGUACUCGCAUACAGGGGCGG